UCCGGUGAUAACACUUAAUUUUCACGACUGAAUGUUGCAAGGUGUUUCACUGUUUGACUUUGAGCUUUUAAAAGCUUAGGCUACCCAACAUGUUUAAGGUAUGUUACAGGGCUAAUAUAACACCAUUUCAGCCAAAAACAUUACAGAGGCUUGUGAUUUCACGUAAUGACUGUAUAAUAGGAUAAGCUAUAAUAAGCUUGUACCAGCUUUGUUGCCCUGGCUUUGUGACCAUCGCUCCAACAGCAGGAGACGCCCCAGGUGUUUCAUUAGCUGCUCAAAUAUCAAGUUACAUCCUAACCGGAAACCUUCAGAAUAAGAGCACGCCAGAAUGAUCUGUAUCGCCAAUGAUGGAAGUUUGGAUGAAGAAUUGUGUGAAAAGAUGAUUUUAAUUUUUGUUUUGUUUUGGAAGAAAUGUUUCGUCCUCAAGAGUAGUGGGGGCACCGGUCACAACACAUGAGUUUCAUUUUGUAAUAAGUAGGCGUUUCUAAUCCGUAUCAUGUCUAACUUUACACCUGAGCCGUGAUGACGGUCCACCUCCUGUCUGCUGUAGCCUAGUUGAAGGGAUAAAGCGGUGCCGAUAAGGCGCAUCCAUAACCAGGGAAAGCUCAAACAAAACACAGUUUUCAGUGGAUUUUAUCUUCUGUAUCCAGGAGUGACCAAUUCACCUACAGCACAGAGCAGCCUCUAGUGUUCCCCACCUUUUUUCUUCAACUCCACCUCUUCAUCAAGAACAGAAUGGACCUGCUGCCUGAUGUCUGGAGACAGGAUUUCUGGCUUCCUUCAGGUGUGACCUGGAUGGACAUGGACCAGCUGGCAGAUGCUGACCGGCCGCGACCCCUGGACCUCCUCAUAGCUCUGCCACUUGCACUGUGUUUUGUCGCACUACGUUACCUGUUUGACAGGUAUUUAGCCCCACCCAUGGGAAGAUGUUUGGGGGUAAAGAAAAGAUUACAAGUUACUGCAGCCCCCUCCCCAAAGCUGGAGUCGUUUUACACCCAGAGGAGCAGACAGCCUACACAGAGUGAAAUUGUAAGUUUGAUGUCACUGUGUGGUAAAACUCAAAGGCAGAUCGAGACCUGGUUCAGACUUCGUAGGAACCAAGACAGACCAUGUCAAACUAAGAAGUUUGGUGAGGCUGCUUGGAGGUUCUUUUUCUACCUCACAGCCUUCACUGCUGGUCUCGUCUGUUUGAUUGAUACGCCAUGGUUCUGGGACCGCAGGGAAUGUUGGAGGGGAUACCCAGUUCAGCCCAUGGAGACAACUCAUUACUGGUACUACAUGUUAGAGCUGGGCUUUUAUGGCUCUUUACUCCUCCGGAUCUCUGUGGACAUCAAGAGGAAGGAUUUUAAAGAACAGGUGAUUCAUCAUCUGGCCACCAUCUUCCUGCUCAGCUUCUCCUACUGUGUCAACUACAUUCGUAUUGGGACCUUGGUCAUGCUGCUCCAUGACUCCUCUGACAUCCUGCUGGAGUCGGCCAAGAUGUUUAACUACGGCUCUGGCUGGAGAAGAACAUGUGACACACUGUUUGUUGUGUUUGCUGUUGUCUUCCUUGUGACUCGACUGGUAGUUUUCCCCAGCAAAAUCAUCCAUACCACCCUGGUGCUGUCCAUGGAGGUGUUUGAACCUUUUGUUGGCUACUAUUUUUUCAAUGUCCUGCUGAUGGUGCUGCAGGCUCUUCACAUCUUCUGGGCUGGUUUGAUCUUACGCAUGGUCUACAAGUUCCUGAAAGGCAAGCUGGAAAAAGAUGAGCGCAGCGAUGAAGAGAGUGAGGACGUUGAGGAUGAAGAGGACAGUAAAGGGGAAGAAGUAAAUAAGGAUCAAGGAGGCGAUUACUGUUGGGAGAAAAGUAAAGACUCCCUGAACUCAAAACUGUCUGUGCUGACCAACAGUUGUGUCCUAAAUAACUUAACCAACCACAGGGCGUCUAUAGCUGACAGAAUGCGGAAAGCUCAAUAAAGUCUACAGUAUUCUGAUAACAGGAAGUUGAACUAUCUCACUGUUUCAGUGAUGCCUUACACAUUGCAUGGAUGAUAUCUUUUACGCUCUCUACAGUUCCUGAAUCAGAUCAUAUUUCAUUUUUACUGAGAGCAAAGCUAAGCGAGUAAAGCUGCGAGAGUCUACUCAUUAGUCCUUGUAAAAUGCUCACACAGGAGAGGAGAAAUGUAAUCCAUUGAUCUCUGGGUUAUGGGUCCAGCAUGCUUCCAAUGCACAACUCUAGUCACCCCUGAAGGGACUUGAACCCACAACCUCUGGCUUGCGGGGCCAGUACAACUGGGGCUGGUGAAUAUAAACUGAGGCCUUAGUAUAAAAUUAGCAACACUGACAUUUUAGAUAGAUAGAUAGAUAGAUUGACUCUUUAUUGUCAUUGUAUACAAGGACACAACGUUUAUGGGUUGAGGAGUAGAGGAGUAGAGGAGACGGGGCGAGUGGGUGUCUCUGCGGGAUGGGAGAGGGGAGCCAACAAUCCACUGAGCUGUUUUGACGAUCCGCUGAAGAUCCUUCUUUUCUGCUUUGAUAUUUUUAAGGUCACAAUUUUAUGGAGAUGGACAGUAGUCUGUGUAUGAAGUGAAAUUAUGGAAUCUUAAAAGCGUCUAGUGCCUUGUUUGAAAAACAAUAUAAAAACAAAUAUAUAUGUGUAGAUACAAUUGUUGGAUAGGUGAUAUAGGUAAUAGGUGAUUAGGUGAUGAUAGGUAAUUUCCUAUUGUAAAAUAAUGAAGUUAUGUUAAAUAAGUUAUUUUAUACGACGGAGGAUUAGGGCCACGUUAAAAAUUGUAUUUAUUUAUUUUUAAUUUUGAGAUUAUUCUCGUAAAUUUACGAGAAUAAACUCGUAAAUUUAGAAGUUUAAAGUCAUAAAUUAAGGAGUUAGAGACCAGCCUGCGCAAAAUGAUGAAAGUGGAACUCUUAAAGUAUUUUCCUCUGCAAACAACUUCCUCCAAGUCAGAUGUGUGGUCUUGCAAGACCUGGUUUAUUCUCGUAAAUUUACAACUUUAAUCUCAAAUUUUAUUUUAUCAUUUUAUUUUUUUAAUGUGGCCCAAAUCCUCCGUCGUAAUUUUAAAUAUAGGGGAAAAUCCUCUUUUUACUUUUCUCUGUCUUGAGUCAUUACUUUGGAUUCUGUAUAAUUAUCCUAGUGUUUAAAUAACUACUCUUUUAAAUGAUAUGUUCAUAUUCAUUCCUGCCAAAAGUUUUUGUAAGCAGCCAGUUUACAGGUUUUUCACAACAGAUAGCCUACACACGUGGUAGCAGAUGAAAGACAAGGCAUGGGCAAAGGUGGUUGUUAGAAAUACAAAGUAAUUCAAUUGUUUGUAACAUCCAUUUAAUAUUUAAAUGUUAAAAAUAAAUGCAAAACAUUA